GAGAGGGAUGGAGCUGGAUGCUGCCCGUUGGAGGGGCUGAGGCACUACAACAUACUUUCUCCUUCCUUGAGCGCAUCAACGAGCUCUAAUCAUAGGUAGGGGGGAAAAAGCUAAGAGAUCUUCAUAGACAAGAUCACAGAAAUGUAACAAUUACGAGAGGAGCGAGGAGAGCAGAAAAAGAGAGGGUUUAAAGGAAACCGAAGGCUUCAAAGUCUACAUUAUUAAGGAGGAUUUGAGGAGCCUGCGUUUAUAAUCCGACAUCAGAGGCGGAAUGUGAAUCCAAAUAACUUGUGUUAAUUAGAGAUUUUAACGAGUAUGAUGCGAUUUGGACGGCUCUGAAUCACCGAGAGGAGAAUCUGAGAUUGGCCACUUGAAUUUUUUUGUGCUUUUUGGGGAGUGCUCGCGCUCACCGUCGAUUUGCCCCUAGAACUAAUUUGCAGUUUCAACAGUCAUUUGCGCCCUAAAGGAGUUGGUUAUCAGAAGUGGCGGUGGACUUCAUGUGCACACGCGUACUGGAGUUACCAUCAUUUCGGACAGAGUGGAUGAUUUCAGCGCGUCUGUUUCGCUAUGUGUGCCCUCCUGAUUCGCAGGUGCGUCUGAUUCCUGCCAGACUUUGAGGAGAUUAUUGUUUCUUGUUAAUGUUCAUCAAACCCACGGCGGCCUGCGGUGCAACUCGAUAAGGUGGAUCUCGAGAAAAUCCAGAGGAAGGGACAGCUGACGUUCACGCUGCGAGCCACCGAAGCUCCGGAUCAACUUCAAAACUAAAGCGCACAAGUUUUCAGUCUGGAAUAUAAGAAUAGAUGAUUCUCCGAGGACCGAAGACGAAAUACACCUAGGCCUGCAAAAUGUUCAGAAGGGGCUGCGGGCUGGAGUUCCUGCUGGUUCUCUGUGGGCUCGAGUUAUCCUGGUCUUGCCCCCGUCACUGUACCUGCUACACUGCACCCAGCACUGUCUCCUGCCAAGCCCACAACUUCCUGUCUGUCCCUGAAGGCAUUCCUCCUGACAGUGAACGUAUCUUCUUACAGAACAAUAAAAUCCAUCGCUUACUCCGGGGUCACUUCAGUUCCAACACGGUCACUCUCUGGAUCUACUCUAAUAACAUCACGUACAUCGAGCCCUCCACAUUCCACGGCUUCAUGCUGCUUGAGGAACUGGAUCUGGGUGACAACCGCCACCUGCGUUCCCUGGCUGAAGACACCUUUCAUGGGCUGAGUCGGCUUAAUGCGCUACACCUGUACCGAUGUGGGCUCAGUUCACUUCCUAAUAACAUCUUCCAAGGCCUCAGAAACCUGCAGUAUCUCUACUUACAGGAUAAUCAUCUGAAGUUCCUGCAGGAUGACACAUUUAUGGACCUCCACAAUCUGAGCCAUCUGUUCCUGCAUGGAAACCGUCUGUGGCGUGUUAACCAGAACACCUUCAGGGGCCUUCGAGCUUUGGACCGACUGCUUCUUCAUCAAAACCAGAUCGAGUGGGUUGACCGCCUGGCCUUCCAUGAUCUCAAACGUCUCACCACCCUCUAUCUGUUCAACAACUCCCUGAUACAGCUGUCCGGACAGUGCCUGGACACUCUGCCUGCCUUGGAAUAUCUGCGCCUCAAUGACAACCCUUGGUCAUGCGACUGCAAGGCCCUUUCGCUUUGGGAAUGGCUGAAACGUUUCCGAGGCUCAACAUCUUCUGUGGGUUGCCAGGCACCAGCUGAUAUGUAUGGAAAAGACCUCAAGGAGCUGCGAAAGGAGGACUUUCCCAACUGUUCCCCAACUGUACCUAACUCUGAGUCUAGAGCCCAGACUAACAAUUUAUCUGGUACGGUGAAUCCCUCCAUGAAUCGUGGUGUCGUGGUGGGCUCUGGAGGGCAGACCCACCUAGUCCAGCCCUCGAGGCCUGGUCGUCCUCGGAACUGCACAAAGCCUCGUACCAGAGGGAGCAAGGGGAAGGGUGAUAAUGAGGUUCACCACUCAAAGGAGGUCAUGGCAGACAAGGAGGAUUCCUCCCCAGAUUUCACAGAGGGGGGGAAACAUGACCACACAUCCCCAGAUGGCACCGUCACACGGAGGAAGCACAAGUGCACUCCCCGGACCACUGUCCGCCCCCCUAGUGGGGUUCAGCAAGCCAACAAUAGGGCAACCUUAUCCCUGUCCUUACUACACAUCCCUGCCCUUUUUGUGGCCUUUUUAACGACAAAUAUUGACAACAUUCUCCGCUGACCUUCAGAGGAUUUGGCUAAUCACAAAAGACAUAGCCCUUGGGACCCUCUCUUGCUCCUGCACUACAAGGCCUAUGUGUCAUUUAUGUAUGUGUGUGUGUGAGUGUGAUUAUAUGUGUAAAUGUUGUGUAGGGAGCUUUACUGUUCAGACUCAAACGGCCUUCAAAGCAUCAAACAUCUAAAACAGAAAGACUCGCAGCACAAAAGUCAAAAGGAUUGAGAGUCAGAGAAUAAAAGAAAGGUUAUUGUCGACCAAGCUUGCACUGCCACUUAUGCCAGUAUGAGUUCAUUUCAUCAUUUGUCUGGGUUUACUUUGUUUGUUAAUCUUUUCCCUCAUCCAGAGCUCCAACAUCCAAACGGAGUUGACUGAGGAAAAGGAGAAAAACUUAGCUCGUUAGCUCUGAGACGGAUAAGCUAGGUGCUCUGUUCAGCUUUAAUUUUCAGUUGUGAGUUUGAAAAUUGGUAAUACAAAUGUUAUAAAUGGAAAGUUGAUGACACUAUCCUUUCUGUAUAAUGUAUUUUUAUGUUGCAUCAUUUCCUAACACAGGUUCAGGAAUGUUUUUCAUAAGCUUAGAGGUAGAGUGUUAGCAUGGCAAUGAAACGUCAGUCUUUCUCAGACUUAGGAAUGUGCCAUUCUCACAACCAAUACAAAUCUAUAACCAGUUAUGUUUUACAGCUAUUAACAGAGCAACCAGUUAGCUUGUACACUGUAUGAAGCAGUCACAUAUGCUAACUUCUCUACACAUAAUAUUAGCUUUUUCAGGUAUUGUACCGCCCUUCCUGCCCAUUUAAAUAUUUCUCAUUAGUAUCACUUUAAACACACGGAUCUUCUUCCUGUUCAUUUACAUGACUUCUCUCCUUCUGUGCAACUGAAUAUUAAGCUGCUAAUUGUUUCAAGAUUUUCGAGAACUGCCAUGCCCCAAUUUCAUUUGCUUGGAAAAUAAUGUGUCUCUGGGAGAUCAAGCUGUGAAUAUUGAAGAGUCUGUCUAUAUCUUGUGUCAGAUGUUGUUCAUAUGAUUUUUGUAAGACACAAAAUGGACCUAGAGACAGAUCCCCAUGCUGCAGGGCCAACAGGAGCCUUAGAGAUUCGGGGUCAAAAGGGGCUUUCUCAGUUUCUCGUGAGGUUUUGCUGAACUGACCCCUCCUCUGUGAGGGCAAACCAUUCCUCACUGAGAAUGUGAGGAACACAUUUCUUUUCUUAAUCACUGAACUUCAAGGGAAUACGACGACAAGACUUAAGAAAAAAUUUGAGGGUACCUUAAUUGACUCCCGUUAUCAAUAAAAGAUGGAAAGAAGAACACAUUGAAUGGAGCAUGGAGAAACAGGGAUCAUUGAGGGAAUUACUUGUCUCGAUUAACUGAUGAGAUCGCCCAUGGAUGGUUGGAUCCAAGACCAAGACAACUGCUUGUGAAGUAAUGAGAAGAUGCCGUACAAUGUGGAUUAAAAGAUGGACAAAUACGGAACAUCCUACUUCAAUAGCUUUUGUGCCUCCCUGAAAUCUAAGAUGGUGUUUGUAUGAUGUGAACAGUACCUGUAAAAAGGAGACAUGAGGACUUCUUGCUGUGCUGAUAUUAAUCAUUUCCUGUAUAACUAUCAGAAAAACAAUAUCAGUGACAUUGAUGAUGAUAACAGGGUUAUCUGCUCCUCCUGUCUGGAGGAGUCUUUCGACUUUUUUUGAUUUUCUGGUGAUUUGUUUUAUUUACGUAUUUUUCAUGUUAUAUUUUUAGAACUGUUUUUAUUUGUUAAUGCACAAUUCUUCACCUCCAUACCUGUUCGACUGUAUGCCUAUUCAUCUUCCUUAUUUGUCAUAACUCAAUUGUUCAGUAAAUUAUCAUCAGAAAAACAACAGUACAAAAAUGUUUAUAAAGAUAUUAAAAUCUAUAUCUUCUUAUGUC